UGGUGGGUGAAAAAAAUGCCGCAGCUGAACGGCGGUGGAGGAGAUGACCUAGGCGCCAACGACGAACUGAUUUCCUUCAAAGACGAGGGCGAGCAGGAGGAGAAGAGCUCCGAAAACUCCUCGGCAGAGAGGGAUUUAGCUGAUGUCAAAUCGUCUCUAGUCAAUGAAUCAGAAACGAAUCAAAACAGCUCCUCUGAUUCCGAGGCGGAAAGACGGCCUCCGCCUCGCUCCGAAAGUUUCCGAGAUAAAUCCCGGGAAAGUUUGGAAGAAGCGGCCAAGAGGCAAGAUGGAGGGCUCUUUAAGGGGCCACCGUAUCCCGGCUACCCCUUCAUCAUGAUCCCCGACCUGACGAGCCCCUACCUCCCCAACGGAUCGCUAUCGCCCACCGCCCGAACCUAUCUCCAGAUGAAAUGGCCACUGCUUGAUGUCCAGGCGGGGACCCUCCAGAGCAGACAAGCCCUCAAGGAUGCCCGCUCUCCGUCGCCGGCACACAUUGUCCAGUGCCCCCUCCCUUGCUGCACUCAGGGACAUGACUGUCAGCACUUCUACCCCCCCUCAGACUUCACUGUCAGCACUCAAGUCUUCAGGGACAUGAAAAGGAGCCACUCCUUACACAAGGUUGGGGAGCCCUGGUGUUUGGAGUCGAACAAAGUGCCAGUCGUGCAGCACCCUCACCAUGUUCACCCUCUCACGCCGCUCAUCACGUACAGCAAUGAGCACUUCACCCCGGGAAACCCACCUCCACACUUACCAGCUGACGUAGACCCCAAAACAGGAAUCCCACGGCCUCCGCACCCUCCAGAUAUAUCUCCGUAUUACCCACUGUCGCCCGGCACCGUAGGACAAAUCCCCCAUCCGCUAGGAUGGUUAGUACCACAGCAAGGCCAGCCAGUGUACCCGAUCACGACAGGAGGAUUCCGCCACCCCUACCCCACAGCUCUGACCGUCAACGCUUCCAUGUCCAGGUUCCCUCCCCAUAUGGUCCCACCACAUCACACUCUACAUACGACUGGCAUCCCCCACCCGGCCAUAGUCACGCCAACAGUCAAACAGGAAUCCUCCCAGAGUGAUGUCGGCUCACUCCAUAGCUCAAAGCAUCAGGACUCCAAAAAGGAAGAAGAAAAGAAGAAGCCCCACAUAAAGAAACCUCUUAACGCAUUCAUGUUGUAUAUGAAGGAGAUGAGGGCGAAGGUUGUGGCUGAGUGCACGUUGAAAGAAAGUGCGGCCAUCAAUCAGAUCCUGGGGCGAAGGUGGCACGCACUGUCCAGAGAAGAGCAAGCGAAGUACUACGAGCUGGCCCGGAAGGAGCGACAGCUUCACAUGCAGCUGUACCCCGGCUGGUCUGCGCGGGAUAACUAUGGGAAGAAGAAGAAGAGGAAAAGGGACAAGCAGCCCGGAGAGACCAAUGAACACAGCGAAUGUUUCCUAAAUCCUUGCCUUUCACUUCCUCCGAUUACAGACCUGAGCGCUCCUAAGAAAUGCCGAGCGCGCUUUGGCCUUGAUCAACAGAAUAACUGGUGCGGCCCUUGCAGGAGAAAAAAAAAGUGCGUUCGCUACAUACAAGGUGAAGGCAGCUGCCUCAGUCCACCCUCUUCAGAUGGAAGCUUACUAGACUCGCCUCCUCCCUCCCCCAACCUGCUAGGCUCCCCCCCCCAAGACGCCAAGUCACAGACUGAGCAGACCCAGCCUCUCUCGCUGACCCUGAAGCCCGACCCCCUGGCCCACCUGUCCAUGAUGCCUCCGCCGCCCGCCCUCCUGCUUGCCGAGGCCGCCCCCGGCAAGGCCCCCGCCCUCUGUCCCAACGGGGCCCUGGACCUGCCUCCCGCCGCUUUGCAGCCGCCCGUCAUGUCCUCGUCCUCUCUUGCACAGCCGUCAACAUCUUCCUUACAUUCCCACGGCUCUCUGGCCGGGACCCAGCCCCAGCCGCUGUCCCUCGUGACCAAGUCUUUAGAAUAGCUUUAGCUUCGUUAGCAGCCCCCCCCCACCCCCCCCCCCCCCGCCCGUUGGUUUGCGUAGUGUUGCGUUUUUUUCGCUUUUCUUUGUACCCACCCCCACCCCCACCCCCACCCCCUUGGAAAGGUUUUGUUUUGUACUCUUAAUUUUGUGCCACGUGGCUACAUUAGUUGAUGUUUAUGGAGUUCAUUGGUCAAUAUUUGACCCAUUCUUAUUUCAAUUUCUCCUUUUAAAUAUGUAGAUGAGAGAAGAACCUCAUGAUUCUACCAAAAUUUUUAUCAACAGCUGUUUAAAGUCUUUGUAGCGUUUAAAAAAUAUAUAUAUAUACAUAACUGUUAUGUAGUUUGGAUAGCUUAGUUUUAAAAGACUGAUUAAAAAACAAAAAGGAAAAAAAAAAAGAAGCAAUUUUGAAGCAGCCCUCCAGAAGGAGUUGGUUCUGUAUUAUUUGUAUUAAAUACGAGCUUGCGAACCAAUCAUUUUACAUCUGGUUUUUAAACCAUAAGGGGCACAACGAAUGCAGUGCCAUAGUCCUUUUUUUUUUUCUCUGUGUGAGACAACUUUAAUUGUGAUGUUACUUGUUAUUGUUUAAAUGUACAGAAACAAAGGGUUAAAUGUGUUAAUAUACCUUGUUCCAUGGUGUUGUUCUUUUGGGGGGGGGGGUUCUACUCAACAAUUAAUGGAAUCACAACGCUGUUGGACCAGUAGUAUUUAUUGCUUUAGAGAUUGCUCGUCGAACCUGUACGUUGUCCCUUUUAAGAUGUUUUCCUUUUUCUUGAAACUGUAUAAAGUUUUUUUCCCUUAGCAUAAGCAUCUUAUAUAUAACAACUCAUUUGUACAAGGUUUUUAAGUUUAUAUAUAAAAUGUGUAUAUAUAUUUUUUUGUUUCUCUUUUUUACUUUUUUUUUUUUUUUUGGCUGUAUGAAACCCAGAUGCUGCCAAAUGGACAUUACUAGUUGCAUUAAAGGAUCAGUAGCAUUAACAAAAGUUGCUUUAAAAGCCAUUAUGUAAACCAAGACUUGAAAAUUAGCGAGGGAAUUUUAGUGACGCCGUGUAAGCAGCAGCGGGAACCACCCUGUUUCCCCUCCGAACUCAGAGUCGGCAGCUCUGUACCCUUAGGACACGGCCUGACUGUGUGCAAAACUUUAUGUGCCAAAAUUCUCAGUGACUUUAGCUUUCUCCCUCUUUUUGAUGCUGUAAUUUUUGUUCAUCAUGUUUUGCUGUGAUGUUACAUAGGUAGAUUUGUAUGUAGUUUUAAUGUCACCUAUAACAAGAUGUGUUUGGUAGCAGAUUGUCCAGAAAGCAUUUUAAAUGAAGAGGUAUAAACCCUUAGGGGCCAAAAAUUCUGUAUAUUAGAUUACUCUUAAAGGAAAAACCAGCUGCCGCUUUUAUGUACACGUAUGACAUACAAGGAGGUGGCACACUUUACAAAUAAAAAAAAAAAAAAACCUAGGCAUGUUGAUGUUGCAAAAUGCUGUAUAAAGCUGAAACCUGUUCAUUCAGUGCCAUUGUAGUU